AUGGCGGAGCUGAAGAUUAACCAGAAGUUCGCUGAUCGCUAUGAACGGUACCGGGAGAAGGAGGAGCUGCAGCGGCUAAAGGAUCGAUACGGGGACAAAGGUGAAGAGGACAGUGAGUCUUCCAGCUCGGAGUCUGAGAGCGAGGAUGAGCCGACCAUUGAUCCAGAACUGGACAGGGACUUUUAUCGUACCCUGUCUCUGCUCAAAAAGAAAGAUCCAAGGAUCUACCAAGAGGAUGUUACUUUUUACAAAGAAACGGAUCAGCCAGCUACCAGUCAGAGCAAAUCCACCAAGGAAAAACCCAUGUAUCUUAAAGACUACGAGCGAAAAGUCAUCCUGGAGAAGGAAGGAAAAUACGAGGAUGAAGAAAGCUCAGAUGGAGAGGAAGGCCUAUUGCAAGAUCAGAGGUCUCGAUCCCCAACGUACCUAGAGGAACAGAGGCAUAUCAAAGAAAGUUUUCGAAAGUUUGUUGAGGACAGCGACAAUGAAGAGGAUGAUGGCAUCACAGCUAAUCUGUUAACCAAAAGAGUGAAAACCAAAACGGAACAGGAGGAGGAGGAAGAGGUAUACAUUGCAUGGCUGAAAGGACAGAAAGAUGUAGAAGACAAAGAAGAUCUGAAAGAAAUGAGUUAUCUGAAGGAAUACUGGACUGACCCUUCCCUGGAUGACGGAGAGAGGUUUCUGAGAGACUAUAUUCUAAACAAAGAGUAUGUGGAAUCUGAAUCUGAUGAAGACGAGGAAUGCCCCCCAGCACUGGAGGAAGCACCACACGUCUCUGAUUCUGAGGAUGAAGGGGAACUUUUCUUGAAGAAACAAGAAGAUUUUGAAAGAAAAUAUAACUUUCGAUUUGAAGAGCCAGAUUCUGAUUUGAUUAAGACUUUUCCUAGAACCAUCUCACAGUCGGUGAGAAUGAAAGAUGAUCGGAGGAAGAGGAAACGAGAGGAGAUAAAGGACAGGAAAAAGAAGGAGAAAGAGAAGAAGGAGGAGGAGCUGAAGCAGCUGAAGAACCUGAAGAGGAAGGAAUUACAGGACAAGCUGAAGAAGCUUCGGGAGCUGACGGGAGAUCAGAAUCUCGAGGUUACUGAGGAAGACCUGCUUGAAGAUUUUGACCCAGAAAAACAUGACCUAAUUAUGCAGAAAUGCUUUGGGGAUGAUUAUUAUGGAGUAGAGGAGGAUCAGAAGCCACAGUUUGAUGGUGAAGAGGAGUUGGAUGGGGAGUGGAACUGGGAUAACUGGACUGGAGCAGAAGGAGAGGACGGGACUGUUGAGGAGGAUGAGUGUGAUGAUGGAGAAGAAGAUGCCGAUCUUCACUGCGAUGAUCCAAACUUUGUGAUGGAUGCAGACUACAAUCCUCAAGAAGCUCCUGCCGCAUCACGUAAAGAAAGAAAGAGGCUACGGCUUGAGAGAGAAAAGAGCGCCAAGAGGAGAAAGAAGUCUGUGUUUGCUGAAGCUGUGAGCCAAGAUAAACCUGUCUUUAAUCCAGAUGAUAAAACAUUCCAGGAAUAUGUAGAAGAGUAUUACAAGCUAGACCAUGAGGAUAUUGUGGAUGAUCUGCCGUGUCGAUUCAAGUAUCGGCAGGUGGUUGCUUGUGACUUUGGACUCAGUACUGAGGAGAUCCUGACAGCUGAUGACAAGGAACUGAACAGAUGGUGUUCACUAAGGAAGACUUGUAUGUACAGAUCUGAAAAAGAAGACCUUUAUGACCAAAAUACCUUCAGCCAGAAAGCCGAGAAUCUCUGGAAGAAGCAGCAAGUCCUGAAGUCUCUUACUGAGAGUGCUGAAAACUCAGAAUCUACAACGUCCUCCAAGACGAAAGUAGGAAAGAAACGCAGAGAGAAACUAAAGAACCAAUCAGAAGAAAAAAAGAUGCCAUUCAAAUCUGUUGAAACUGAACCAACUGCACAGCUGGGCCCGGGUCAGAAAAAAUCUCCAUACAAUAAAGCUUCACUGAAGCUGGAGAUAGGAGAGAAACCAGCUUUUGCUGAAAAAGAACUGACAAAGCAGCUUUUGUCUAAAGGGGUUCAUGGUGAAAAAAGGACAAAGGACCAACCAAAUGCUAGCAGUAGACCUGCCGCGGUGAAAGACUAUGCCAAGGCACAGGUACCAAAGAAAGCCGUGAAUAAAAGCACAGUGGAAAAGCCAGGAGUGAAUAAAAACACAGAGAAUAAGCCAAGUCCCAAAAGUAUACCAAUGGAGAAGGAAGACUCUGCCAAGGAUAAAGAACUGAAGACUGCAGUGAAUAAAAGCACCAAGAGCAAGCCAAGUGCCAACAGUAUGGUGUCAGGGAAGAAAGACUCGGCCAAGGCUAAAGUGCUGGAGGCAAAAGUGAAUGACCUGUGUCUGAGAGAAAAGAAGAAGAAACCAAAACGGAAGGCUGGGCAUCUUCUGGGUGCCAUGGUGCGAAUG